GACAGCAGGCAGCAGGACGGUGAGGCGAUAAUAUAAGCCGCCGCCAGAACCCACGGCAGGCAGUCCAACGAGACCUUCGCCGCCUCUACGAAAUGUUCGCCCGCGCCCCCGCCCUCUUGCUGCUGCUGGCGGCCCUUGCUGGGUGCUCCGCCGCCGCCAGACUGGACGUGUCUGGCACGGACCUAACGUAUAACGGGGAGAAAGUGUUCCUUAUCGGGGCCAACUACGCCUGGCUCAACUACGGCAACGACUUUGGCAACGGCGGCUAUUCAACAACGCUGGAGAAUUGGCUGCAGGAGAUCGGGGCCUCUGGCGGCAACUCUGUCCGCGUCUGGGUGCACGUGGAGGGCUACAGCACGCCCGCCUUUGACAGCAAUGGCUACGUGACCGCCUGCGACAACACGGGCCAGUUUGAGAGUGACAUUCGUCGCUUCCUGGACGUCGCUCAGGAAAACGACAUUCUGGUAACGCUGGCCAUGUGGAACGGAGCCUACAUCACCAACCAGUUUGCCAUUGACCUGAUCUGGGACGACUCCAAGCUGGAUUCCUACAUCGCAAACUGCCUCAAUAGCCUGAUGAACACGAUCAAGGGUCACCCUGCCCUGGGAGCCUUCGAAGCUGUCAACGAGCCCGAGGGAUCCAUCUUGGUGGAGAGCAACAGUGAGCCUUGCUAUGACACGGAGACGAUUGGCACGAGCGGGGCAGGCUGGACGGGCAAGGCCAUCCCCAUGGAGAGAUACCUUCGCUUCAUCGGCCGUCAAAACGCAGCUGUCCGCGCCAUUGACCCAGAAACUCUUAUUACUCUGGGCUCCUGGGGUCAGUUCCCGCAGAGUGACGCUUUCUACAACACCCGCAACCACUACUCCGACCAUUGCCUCACCUUGGCGUCCGGAACCUCCAACUCCGUGCUCGACUUUUAUCAGAUGCACGCCUAUGCCUGGGGCGACACGUGGAGUCCCAACGCGCCCUUCACCGUCAACGCCGGGGACUACCUCCUGGACAAGCCUAUCGUGAUCGGUGAAUAUGCGUCUGUCUGCGCUGAGCCGGGCGACACCCUGGGUGACCUCUACACCUACGCUUACGAGCACGGCUACAGCGGAGGCUGGAGCUGGCACUACACGGCUACCGGGGAUUGCUCCGACACGCGAGAGACUCAGCAACAAUACCUGUCCACUCUGUCAGGCCGCACGGACCACGGCACGGUUGACUUCGUGGUGGGUUAGUGGUCUCAAGGCCCACUGUACACCGCCAUUGGAAGCUGUGAGCCCUGUACCCAGAAGCCAGCAACGUCACCCUAGCACAUUCAUUAACUUAGUAGCUUUUUUGGCUUUUCAACUCCAGUUAGUGUUGGGUUUUCACAGUUAAGUCUACAUACAUAUUACAAACUCUGUCGUACAAAGUGAUGUAAAAUGAUCAAUAAAACCAAUUAGCCACGCCUUGAAAAUACAAAAAAAGGACAAAUUAGCCAAACUAUUGUUGAAGACCAGUAAGUUAAGAAAAAGUGUAUCUCUGGCGCAUAUUAAUAUGGUAAAUAAUAACUCUGAGCCUCUUCCGUAUGUCUCUCAGGCAGUCAGGGUUACAGAGAUAUACUGCCCCCUUCCAUAUGUCUCUCAGGCAGUCAGGGUUACAGAGAUAUACUGCCCCCUUCCAUAUGUCUCUCAGGCAGUCAGGGUUACAGAGAUAUACUGCCCCCUUCCAUAUGUCUCUCAGGCAGUCAGGGUUACAGAGAUAUACUGCCCCCUUCCAUAUGUCUCUCAGGCAGUCAGGGUUACAGAGAUAUACUGCCCCCUUCCAUAUGUCUCUCAGGCAGUCAGGGUUACAGAGAUAUACUGCCCCCAUCUUUACAUUUAAGUUGUAAUGGCAGUGUAAGGCAGCAGAUGUUAAAACAAGAUAAAAUUUUCGUGAUAUAA